GUUACCCCCACACCUGCCAUGCCAAUACAAUCCCAAAACACAUUCCUUCUCCUCCUCCUCCUCCUCAUCAAAUUCGCCAUCGGAUCAAGCGAAUCCAACAGCGAACUGUACUGGAAAUGCAGCAACACCUUCAGCUGCGGCGCCAAUAUCACCGGCAUCGGCUACCCCUUCCGGGGCUCCACCGAUCCAGACUACUGCGGCCAUCGCAGCUUAGUCCUGAGGUGCGACGAGCGCAGUAAUGCGACGACGAUGGAGAUGGCGGGGCUGACAUACCGCGUGCUGGAAAUGGAUCAGGAGACGCUGAGGAUCGCGAGGGAGGAGACGAUGAGCAGCGCCUGCCCAGCCGUGAUGGCGAACACCACCCUCGACUACUCGGUGUUCGACUACGCUGCCACCUGCAUGAACUACACGUUUUUCUACGACUGCCGCUUCGACGUCGACCCUGAGGCUGUGCACAUGACGCGCGUGGCUUGCGGCGGAGAUGGAGGAGACGCGUAUGUGGCGCCUUGGGUGGUGCCUCCACCUCCGGUGGGGGUUUGCGGUGCUAGCGUGGUGGUGUCGGGGGCUUUGAUGGCGGUGGAUAAGCCUCUGGACGCGAAGGAAUUGGGGGAAGCUCUGAAGCAUGGUUUCCAGAUCAGGUGGAAGAUGGAGAGCCAGAGCUGCGGCGAGUGUAGGGCGUCGGGAGGCCGCUGCGGUUAUGAUUUGGCGGCGAACAAGACUCUGUGCUAUUGCCCUCACCCGCCCUAUAUCUCUCAUGCUUGCGCCACUUCAUCGCCCCCGACUUCCAAGGGAAACACAAAUACAGCAAGGACUAUAGGUCUUUUCAUCGGUGGGGCUGUUCUUGCUGGUGUUGGCCUGGGAUGGUUGGCUUUCCACUGCAGACAAAAGAGGAAGCAGAUGCUGUCAUCUCGAACCGCAACCAAGGAAGUCACUUCUUCCCCUUCCACGAAAGGCCUCCUUUCGAGUAAUAGCAUCCCGUCAUAUCCAUCUCCCAAGUCGGACUUUGGUAGGGGAAGUUCGUAUUUUGGGGUGCAGGUCUUCAGCUGCACCGAACUUGAAGAAGCCACUAACAAAUUUGAUCCUUCUAGACAGCUUGGAGAUGGUGGAUUUGGUACUGUAUAUUAUGGGCUACUUUCAGACGGUCGUGUAGUUGCAGUUAAGCGCUUAUACGAGAACAAUUACAAGCGCACAGAGCAGUUCAUCAAUGAAGUUGAGAUUUUAGCGCGGUUAAGGCAUCAAUACCUUGUGACACUCUAUGGUUGCACCUCUAGGAGAAGCCAAGAGCUACUGCUUGUGUAUGAAUAUGUACCAAAUGGGACGGUAGCGGAUCAUCUGCAUGGAAAACGUGCCAAAUCGGGCUUGCUGUCUUGGCCUAUUAGGUUGCAAAUCGCUGUCGAAACUGCUGAUGCUCUAUCUUAUCUACAUACAUCAGAUUGCAUACACCGGGAUGUCAAAACCAGCAACAUUCUUCUGGACAAUGAUUUCCAUGUAAAAGUUGCUGAUUUUGGGUUGUCGAGGCUAUUCCCAAGCAACGUAACUCAUGUGUCCACUGCUCCACAAGGGACUCCCGGUUAUGUCGACCCUGAGUACUACCAGUGCUACCAACUCACAGAAAAGAGCGACGUGUACAGUUUUGGGGUUGUACUAAUUGAGCUUAUAUCAUCACUGCAGGCAGUGGAUACCAACAGGCAACGCCAGGACAUCAAUCUAUCGAACAUGGCUGUCAACAAGAUUCAAAACCAUACAUUGCACGAACUUGUUGAUUCAAGUCUUGGAUUCAACAAGAAUAGUUCUGCGAGAAGGAUGGUUACUCUGGUUUCGGAAUUGGCUUUCAGAUGUCUGCAGCAAGAGAAGGAUAUGAGACCUUCGAUGCAAGAAGUGCUGGAUUCUUUGAAAGGGGUCCAGAAUGAAGAUUCGAAUGCUCAUAAGGUAGAAAUUGUCAACCUCUUCAUGGACGACGACGCUGGUCUACACAAGGGUGGCACUACACCCAAGUCACAAGAUUCACUUCCUUGACACUGCUCAAGUGUCUUCACUGCCAAUCUAUGCGGCUUUGAGCUGCUUCGGGAUGAAUGGAUGCCACGACCUCGACCUAAUAUAGCUGAGAAAGUAAGGCACACACAUGCAUUUGAAGUUGAAUAUGUACUUGAAUCUUGAUUUGGCAGAUUCCCAUGUAUGUACAAAUCUCAAAGAUCUUGAAAGUGAGUAGUAUAUAAACAUGUUAAUUGUGAAGAGUGUAUGAUCAUGUGCAAGAACAAUGCCACAUUUUGUAAAGUAAUGU